UUAUAUGGAACACGACUGGCUACGACCUAUCAAAAUCGCAAAUCAAUACAAAACUUGUAUCAUAACAAAACCAAUAUCGGUGUUUUUAAAUAAAGAUUGAGGGGUAUUUAUUUACGUGGUGUGUUAAUAUAUAUUUAAACUAUCUUUAGAUUUAAUGCAACAAUGAGUUAUAAAAACAACUGUCGAACUUGUUUAAACAGUGAAAAAGAAAUGCGCAACAUAAACUCAACGAUACUCAUAGGAGGUGAAGACAUUAAAUUAUCAGAUAUAUUGCAGAUUUUUUAUAAUUAUCAGUUCACUGAUGAUCCCAAUCUACCAGAAAAUAUUUGCAUCAACUGUGUUCACCAACUGACCAUCACAUACUCCUUUAAACUCCUCAUCAACACUAGCAUGAAGACAUUAACAGAGAAUUUAAACCAAGUAGAUUCAAACAGUGAAAACUAUGAAUGUCAUUUAGAAUCAGAAGAAAAGGUAAUUGGGUCUUAUAAAAGAAAAAAACCAAAUAAGUCAUAUGUAAGUACAGAUGAUGAGUUGAGAUCCAUAUUUUGUGUAGAAUGUAAGGCAGAGUUUCAUUCUGUAAAAUAUUUAAACGAACAUUGCAUGAACAACCACCCAAUCAAAUCAGAAAUUGGCAGAGAUUGUGACUAUUGUAAUGAAAAGUUUGAUGAUUUCCGAUCCUUAGUAUUGCACAGGAAAUUACAUUUAAAACCAUAUUUGUGUGAAAAUUGUUGGGAAGGAUUUUACAGUGAAAAUGAGUUAAAUACACAUUUAUGUCAACCAAAUGUACAAAAAGAAAAGAAUAAGUCUGAGAAAGUGUUACAGCAGUGUGACCAGUGUGGAAAGUCCUAUCCACCAGGGUACAUACGAAUACACAUGUUGACACAUGGGAAUGAUAGGCCAUACAGCUGCAAAUAUUGUCCAAAGAAGUUCAAAGUGCCGGGAGGGCUGCACUCACACAUACUGUGGAACCAUAAACGCACUCGAAAUCACAAAUGCGAAGUAUGUAAUGCUACUUUCAUAUCUUCUAGUUCAAGAAGCUCGCAUAUUCGUAAAAAUCAUUUGAAGGAGAAGAAAUAUAGAUGUGAUAAUUGUGGGAAGAGAUUUUUCUCUAAAUCUGAACUGCAGAGGCAUUCUCUAACUCAUACAGGGGUGAAAAACUUUCAUUGUCAUUUGUGCGACAAGUCCUAUCAGACUAGAUAUGGCCUCAAUGUGCAUUUGCGGUCACAUUCACAGAUUACUAUGAAUGUGCUUAAUUUGUAAUCACAUUCCUCACUUAUAAGUAGACAUUGUUAAGAUGAAAUGGCGCCUGCCUCCAUGGCGUAGUUGUACUGCAUAUGCGGCACGGCAAUGUUAUGAGGUCGAGCAAAUUGAUAUUGGAGUUUUUCUUACUCAUUAUCAGCCAUGAGUCUGGAAUUUGUGCCCGAUAUGGCGAUAGGCUCAUCUCCUAUCGUAUGGGACGGAACACAUUUGGCGAAAAGUGGGUGCCCUGAUUGCACCUGUGCAUACCCCUUCAGGAAUAAAUAUAUGAUGUGUGUUAAGAUGAAAUGAAUAAAAUAUUAAAGGUAUAAUGGACUCCCUGUUAUAAUUUUUUUUGAAGUGCCCGUAAUCCAAUAUCUAUUCAAAAAUGUAUUACAACAUUAUUAAAAUUAGUUGAGACUACUUCACUGUCACUCUUUUAUUACCAAUAUUUUAAUUGCUGCAUCGUUUUUAAUUACAAAUAAUAAAUUAUUUCAUAUUACUAUUUAUUAUUAGGAACGACAAUAUAGUCAUUCUUAUUGGCAGUAUUUAAUUUUAGGCACAUUUGAAGCAUUAUGUAUUCUGAAUGGCCACCGGCCACAGAACCAAAUUAUUUUUCAUAUAUUCUCGGAAAUCUCAAAGGACAAAUAAAAAAUGUAUACAUACAGAAACUUUAAUAAAAUUAACUUAUUACAAAAACUAUGCGACAAUAACCAAAAGCAGGUGGUAUAGUAGAUAAAAUAAUAUUUUUUGAACAAAGUAAAUGUCUACACUAAAUAGGCACUAACAAUAAUAGCUGUGUAAGUUAGAUUUAUUUCAAAUAACCAUUAUGGACUGAAGGUACUAAUAUAAAUAUUACUAGAAUAAUUGGUCCUUCAAGCCAGAUUAUUGGAGGAUUUUUUUUGUAGUGUUACUGAUAAAACUGUCACACUACAAAAAAAAAAA